AUGAACCCUACCGACAACUCCAAAAAAGUGGACACUGUCGCCUUCCUCGAUAGCGGCUCAUCACACACCUACAUCACGACAGAAAUUGCGGAAAAAUUGGAACUUCAUCACACCACACCGGAAACAAUCACGCUCCACACGUUUGGAACAUCUUCUCCAACGACACUGAAGUCUCAUCUUCACACUAUCCAAGUACAACUCAGCGAUGGAACACCAUACAUGAUUUCCGCUCAGUCCCUACCCCUCCUCACCAAAGCAUUGAAGAUACCAGCUUCUCCUCUGGACCACUUACUAAUCGACGUUUACGGUGCUGACAUCCCGACCAUGUCAACAACUCCUGGAAUCCUGAUCGGCAUGGACCACUUCUGGAAUCUCGUUCUAUCGCCAUCCUUUUAUUCCAUCACUCUGCCAAAUGGUUACUAUUUGCUCAAUACAAGACUCGGCAAGGCAAAAAAUUCAACACGAGAGCAAUCAACUCAGCAAUCCAAAGCUCCGAGGAUCAUCCACUCGAUAAAACGCAUGCCUAAUAACUUCGACCACAGCCUAGCUUGCCUACGCUCUAACUGGAAAACGUUAGCGAAGAAGCCCUCAUAUCUGGACCGAUACAACGAGAUUAUACAGGACCAACUUCGACGAGGUAUCAUUGGCGAGCCUCCGCCAACACUUGAUCAGACAUCAGGUAUGAAUUGUCGCGAAUGGACGUCUUCAAACAAGGAGGUCAACGAAACACUACAAUCCCUCGAACAAACGCCUAUCGACAAAAACACGAAACUUUUGGGACUCGCGUGGGAUGUCACUUCGGAUACAAUAUUCAUCCGACUUCCAUUCUUAGAGAAACAAUUGGAAUACCCAACCAAACGGCAAAUCCUCAAGAUCGUUGCUUCUAUAUACGACCCCCUUGGACUCAUUUCUCCAAUCACGAUCGUCGCCAAAAUAUUCUUACAAAGCUUAUGGAAAGACCAUUUACGAUGGGACGAACUCCUCCUCGAGGACCAACAAAACAAAUGGCGCAGCAUUACUUCGUCUUGGACCCAACCGUUCAUGGCAUUCCCACGUGCAAUCCUUCCUCACGAAACAACUUCAAAUGACAUACAACUUCACAUAUUCACGGACGCAUCACAACAAGCUUAUUGUGCCGUAGCAUACCUUCGCAUUGAACAUGGGCAAAAUGUCAACGUAAAAUUACUAAUGGGACGCACCCGAUUAACGCCGCUUCACAAUACAGUCACCAUUCCGCGCUUGGAACUC